GACGAAUUCAUGACGCGCAGUACAGCGGAUCAAUCCUUGAAGCGCCGCCGUGAGGAGCAGGCCGAGCAGCUAUCAUCGUGCCCAAUGAACUUCCUCGAUCGGAUCAUCCAGCUGCGGGGCACCGGUGGCACAGAGAAGCAAAAGAAGAAGUUGAACCGCCUAGAGGGGGCACACAAUGCUCACAUCCUAGCGCCUGUGAUUCGCCACUUGGGUCUUCGGCCGUCCUUGGGGAACAUCAUGGAGGCUGUUGAGAUGUUCCUUCACUACGCCCGGAGCCGUGGAAGAGCCCUUCCUUCUCGUCAUGUGAUCAAGGUCGAAAGCUGGAUCCUGAAAAGGCUCAUCUUUCUUUUUGCCCGUUUGGCAAAGAGGGGUCACCGGCCCCGGGAAGAGGCACUUAGAAGCUUGAUGGGUGCUGCCAAUCUACCCAUUCCAGAGCCCAGAGGCACAAGUGGAAGCCAUGAUGACCCACAAGGGGAUGAGAGUGAUGAUGAGGAAGCUGGUGACUCGGAGGGUGAGGAGAGUGAGGCUGGGGAUGAUGAUCCGGUCGUUGAGGACAAUGGUGGGGAAGGUGACCCAGUCCGUCCGGAUGGACUUGCUGAGCCCAAUUUCGAUGCGGGAGAGGAGUCACACCCCGCAGCUGAUCCGGCACCUGCAGCUGCGGAAGUCCAAGAAGUAUGGGUUGGGUUUCAAUGCCUCUGCUGCCGCAAGUCUGGGGAGAGCCGGGAGAGCUUGGAGAAAGAAGAUUGCCCCAAGUAUGGUAGCCACCCCAACUUUGACGAUGAUGAUGAAGAUGAGAAACCAAUUCGCAAACCAGUGAUUGAAAGCAAAGAUACCACCAAGCAAGCUUUGGAGGAUGAGCUUCUAGCUGCACGUGAACAAGCUUUGGAAGAUGAAUUGAUGGCUUUGAAACUCAUGGAAGAAGAAAUGGAGUUGUUGUCAGCCAUUGAAGCGGAAGAAGCACUCCUAGCGGAAUUGACGCAGCAAGAAGCAACCAUGAAGGCCGAUGAAACCAACAAGAACAUGGAAAAAAUGGUUUCUCAUUUGACUACCAAGGGGUACAGUGAAAAGGUUGCCACAUGGGCAGUUCAUGCGUCAAAGGGUGAUUGCGAGAAAGCAUUGGGUUUAGCCAGCAAAAGAACCCAGCAAGAGGAACACCAGGCAAAGCAGGAAGAGCAAACCCGAGAGCAUGCCGCCAAGUCCACAUGCACCAAAAAGCGCAUGCCUGCCACUCCAUGUCAAUCUAGCAUGCCUCCGCCACCGUUGCCAAAGAAGAAGCUAAAGAAACCAGCUCCAACCACUGUGGCCCCAGAGUGUACUGACCAGACUGACACACUUCCCACUGACACACUGGAGAUGGACGAGAUCGCAAAGUCACUGUCUUCGGAAGACAGCCCUACUACUAGCGUGGGGGGAGAUGAGUUCAAGGGGUGGUUGGGAAAGAAAGGGGUAGAGAACACCCUUGAUCCAGAGGCUGUGGAGUUGUGUCGCAAAAGAACUCUUAUUCUUGGUGAGUCUGACCCAGAGGCAUCUGACCCAGAAGAAUCUCGUUCACCGAAGGUUUCAAGGAAGGACACCGUGGACUACCAAGAGCUUGUAAAGAAGGUGGAUGAUGCCAUGGAGAAGUCCAACCCUCGCCCAAAUGAUGUGCUUUCUGGGUGUGGCCAUCCCAUCUCACCAGCCGAGCAGCGUUCCAGGUUUAAUGAUGCCGGAGCUGAUGCCGAUGAUGAUGACCAGGACCUGUCUGAGAACAAGAAGGGCAGAGGCAAGUCCAAGGACAAGUCCAAGGAUGUUGCAAGCACAGUGGCAGCAGAGUCUGGAGGCAGCACUGUGGACGCCACUUCCACGAUCACUACCUCUUCAGCACGCAGGUCCUCGGGCCCGUCAGGGGAAGAGAGGGGUUCCAGGGCUCCACAGGAUCCCAACAUGUCGGCAGAGAUCAAAGCCAAGAAAGCACUUGCUUCCAGGAAAUCAAGUGCAUACCAUGUAGCUAAAAAGAAGGCAAUGAAGGAAGGCAUGUCAGAGGAGGAGGCAUGCGCAGUCGGGAAGAAGGUCCUACUCAUUGGGUGGAUGGACAUCCCCGAGCUUGCCAUAUGGAUCGCCAUGAACAUGACCACCAACGCCUUGGGAAUGCUUGGACCCGACUGCGGAAGCUGGGGGGCAUACCCACUGGGCUUCGCUCGCAAGAUGCUGGAAGCAGUGGAAUCCCACCUUGGCAAGGGUGCAGGUAGGAAUCGAGAGAUCGAUUGGAGAAGCUUCGCAGGUGCCAUGUGCCUGUCUCAGAGCAGUGGAAAAUUCUGCGCUGGCAAUACUGAACUUCCUGAGGCCACCGCUGAUCGCAGCACAGCACCCGCCAGGAAGGAGCCUUCAGAGGUUGAUGCACAGGAGUUGGAGUCUGAUCUGGGUGAGUCUGCAGAGCGUCAUGGCCGAAAACGCAAGAAUGAGAUUCACGGAGAAUGGGAGAUACAGAUUGUCUUGGAAGAGACAUUCAAAAAGGAAAAGACGUACACUGAACAGUCCGAGCAAUCAGGUACCGUCGAAGUUCAGGACGAUGCAGGCACACUCUUUGACUCUGACAUCCCUGACAUGGGCCAGCCUUCGGCCGCACUUCCAGCACUUCCAGCUCAGCAAAGUUCCAGACAUGGAGCAAGUCAAAUUUUUGAAGUGCAGGAUCGCAUCAGCCAAGUUGGUACCACGACAGCCAAAACGCUCCAUGCUCAAGCGAAGGACAUCUUGCAGAAGAUGGAGAAGUGCAAUGAGAACUUAGCCCAGCACCUGUCACAGGCCACCGUGGCUCCAGAAUCGGUUGAUGAGUCCAUCAAGACUGGAGGGCCUGGCUCAGCGGUUGGAAGUGAGGGCGGUGCCAAACCAAAAUCGACCAAGCCCAGCAAGGGUGAUGCUGCAUCCGCAAAAGAUGUCAUGGAUGAGGCUGUCAAGACUCACAAGUUACUUCAGCGCCAUGGUGUCUAUGACGACAAAAUUGCAGAGAUGGCAAAGGGAGGCAUCAAUGACUUGAAGCGCAAGAACGGGAGUCGGAACAUCUUCUCUUUUAUCCACAAGAAGAACAAGUUGUUGUUGACGGUCAUUCCUGCCCAGCACUACGCAGCAAAUGGUGCUACGAUGCAGACGGUGUUGAGGGCGGUGGUGGAUGAUUUCAACAUGCUGAGUGAACGUGGCAUUGAGGCUAUCAAUCAAAAAGAAAGUGUCACCUUUGUCCGAGCACAGCUUCAGUGCUAUCCUCGUGGAUUGGGGAAGGGAUCAGAUGCGGCCUUGGUCAGCGGUUGGCUUGAGACCAUUCUGGAUCAAAUGGAUGUUGAUUCCAUUCCAGAGAAUUGCAGGGAUCUUUUCCGAGUCUUGAAAUGGGGACACCGCGGAAUCUCUACUUUCUUCAAGAUCAUCUACAAGGGGAAGCAUAUGGAGCCUGUGGCCAAAUCAGUGCAGGCCAAGGUUGGGCCUUAUGGUAUUUGCGCCCGAAAGUACACAUGUUUGAACAUGUGCUGCCCCGAGACUGCAAUUGAUCCACUGUUGGAAGGCAUGUCGUGCUGGAGCGAUGAGGAUUACAUAGAUGCCCGGCUGUUGAGUGACAGUUUCGAGCUUGUGGUGCACAAAGAGGCUGUAGCUGGGGCA